ACCAACAAAAUUAGAAUUAAAUUGCAAAAAUCAAGUUCACUAUUGAUUAGACGGUUGGAAGCUCUGCAAUGAUGCUAAAUCGAUCGUACAUUUUCCUGAUUUUGCUGGCAACCACUUGUGCUUGGGGAUCUCCUAGAGCACGGUCUCGCACCAUAAGUAGGAUUGUUGGUGGUCGUCCUAGUCUACCCGGUGAAUUUCCUCAUCAAGUCUCACUGCGAACGCUUCAAGAUGAAUUCUACUGUGGCGGAUCGAUCAUCGCUCAAAGUUGGAGUCUCAGUGCUGCACAUUGCGUUUACGGUGAACCACAAAAUGGAAUUUUGGUAGUUGCUGGUACCAUACACCUUGAUGCUGGUGGAGCCAGACAUCAAUCGUUAAGAUACAUCAUGCAUCCUCUAUACGAUGAUUACUCACUGGAAUACGAUGUCGUCGUCAUACAGAAUCAAGUUCCGUUCGUUUUCAAUGCCGUCGUGGCUCCAAUAAACUUAGGCUCCACCUUAAUCGGUGGCGGACAAAAUACCGUUGUUGCCGGAUGGGGUGGAACUGGUCCCGAUGGACCACCAUGGCCGAAUACAUUGCAAGUGUUGAAUGUCACCACGCUGACGAAUCUAGAUUGCAUGUCACGUCAUUCAGCUGAAAAUGCUCCAUACAUAUUCGAUCAGAAGAUUUGCACGUACGCUAACAACGCGGGUGUUUGUUUCGGAGAUUCUGGCGGAGCUUUACUUAGUGGAAACUCCGUGGUUGGAAUCGUGUCAUGGGGAGUCGGUGAUUGCGGUGGACGUUAUCCGGACGUAUUCAUUCGUGUUAAUUACAUGUAUGAUUGGAUUAGGCAAACUAUCAGCACAUAAAUCUUCCAUAUUCAGAGCGAAAACAUUUUUUUAUGUUUCACGUUGC